AUGAGGUUAUAUGUAUCGAAUAGACAUUCAGAAGAUAAAAGAAUUGCAUUAGUAUCCGAAUCACAUGCAUUGAUUUUCCAAGCUAUAAACGGUUUUGACACCAGAUCAAAAUCAUGUUCAUUGACUUUGGUGCCAAGAGAGGAAUUGAAAAAUCAAGGGUACAAGAGAUUAACGUAUCGUGAAAUAUUUGGGUUUAUUGGAUUGAUUGAAGUUGACAACAAUAUUUUUAUUGGUACAAUAACAGGUGCCUCAAAAGUGGCAUCGCCUAUACCUGGAGAAACAGUAAAUAAAAUCUAUGCUGUUGAUUUUCAUUGUCUAACGGAUUCUAGAUGGGAUUUUAUAGAUUUGGAUUCACAGGGAAGACCAUUAGACCAACAAUUCAACAACCAUGGCAAUGAAAGUGAUAAUGACACCUAUAAAACCAAUAUUGAAGGUUAUGAUUUAGACAGGUCAGCUUAUUCUAAUUCUAUACCACUGCAACAACACCCCUGUUAUCAAUACAAAAAAUUGUUAUCUAAUGGUUCAUUUUUUUAUAGUGCAGAUUUCGAUAUAACAUCAAUAUUACAAGACCGAGGAUUGAUUAAUAGUAAAAAGAAGCAUGUGGAUAAUGAAACGGGCACUGAUAAUAUUAGUUCCACCGAAUGUUGUAGAGAAGAAUUUAUGUGGAAUAAUUUUAUGUUAAGGGAAAUAAUGCUCUAUAGAGACAGGGCUGAUAAAUCUACACAGAGAAUUUUAGAUAAAAAUAGAUUUUUAACUACUAUUAUAAGAGGCUUUGCAGAGACAGUAAUAACUUAUAUUCAAGAUUGGAAAGUUUCAAUGACCAUAAUAUCUAAACAAAGUUGGAAAAGAGCAGGUACACGAUAUAACGUACGUGGCAUAGAUGACGAUGGACACGUGGCAAAUUUUGUUGAAAAUGAAUUUAUUUUGUAUUCGAAUGAAUAUGGUUAUUCAUACACACAAGUAAGAGGUAGUGUUCCAUUGUUUUGGGAACAGGAUGCAUCAUUAAUUAAUCCAAAAAUUCAAAUAACCAGAUCAGUAGAAGCUACUCGUGGUGCUUUUGAUUUACAUUUUCAAGACUUAGCAGCUAAAUAUGGUACUAUACAUAUUGUUAACCUCUUAUCAGAUAAACCUUCUGAGUUUGAAUUGACUAAAAGAUACAGGAGGCAGCUAUCUGUAUCUAAAAGUGUUAAAUUAGAUAAACAAGUUCUUCUUACAGAAUUUGAUUUUCAUAGAGAAACAUCCCAAGAUGGUUUUUUGGCAGCAAGAAAAUUAAUUCCAAUUAUAAAAACAUCUAUAUUAAAUAACGGAUACUUUUCGUUUGAUGUAAGAGAAAAUAAAAUAAUUUCAAAACAAAGUGGAUGCUUUAGAACAAAUUGUUUAGAUUGUUUAGACAGAACAAAUCUAGUCCAACAAUUAUUGUCAUAUGAGAUUUUAAAAUUAUUUCUUACAGAUUUUAACAUUGUUUCGCAAAGUAGAAUUAGCGAUAACUCUGAAUAUAUAAAAAAACAUAAUAUUCUUUGGGCAGAUCAUGGAGAUCAAAUCUCUCAAAUAUAUACAGGUACUAAUGCCCUAAAAUCCUCUUUUACAAGAAAGGGAAAGAUGUCACUAGCAGGGGCUAUAUCAGAUGCUACAAAGUCAGUUAGUAGAUUGUAUUUAAAUAAUUUUGUUGAUAAGGGUAAACAGCAGAAUAUUGAUGGGUUAUUAGGUAAAUUAUCUUAUCAACGACCAGUAGAAAUAUUUGAUCCGGAGAAUACAUAUAUAACAGAAGAAUUAAAUAAAUUUUCUGAAGAAUUUACAACGUUCUCUAACAUGAAUCUAUUUGUCGGUACUUAUAAUGUUGGGGGCAGAAGUAAUAAACAUGCAGAUUUAUCAGAGUGGCUAUUUCCAAUCGGUGAUAAAUUUAAACCAGAUAUCGUAGUGUUAGGUUUACAAGAAGUGAUCGAGUUGACAGCAAGCUCCAUUUUGAAUGUCGAUUAUUCUAAAAAUUCACUUUGGGAAAACCUUGUGAUGGAUUGCUUAAACAAAUAUGAAGAAAACUAUGUUUUACUCAGGGCUGAACAAAUGGCAUCAUUAAUUAUUCUUUUAUUUGUUAAAGAAGAUAAAAUGAAUCAUGUGAAACAAGUCGAAGGCUCAACAAAGAAAACUGGGUUUAAAGGUAUGACAGGAAACAAAGGUGCAGUUGCAAUUAGAUUCAAUUAUUCUGAUACUUCAUUUUGUUUUGUUAAUGCCCACUUAUCUGCAGGGGCAAACAAUAUUGAAGAAAGAGCCAAUGAUUAUCUGUCUAUCAGUAAGAAUAUUUCCUUCACUGGUGGGAGAACUAUUGAUCAACAUGACUCUAUUUUUUGGCUUGGUGAUUUUAACUAUAGGAUAGACUUAGAUAAUUUUAAUGUUAGAAAAAAGCUAUCUGAACAGCAACCUAACUAUAUUGAAUCAUUGUUAAGAUAUGAUCAGUUAACACAAGUAUUGAAUGCAGGACAAAUAUUUCCGAAUUUUUGUGAACCAACUUUACAAUUCCACCCAACUUACAAGUAUGAUGUUGGGACAGAUCUAUAUGAUACCUCAGAAAAAGCGAGAACACCUUCUUGGACAGAUAGAAUCAUAUAUAGAGGAUCAAAUCUUCAUCCAUUAGCUUACUCAGAUGCGCCAUUAAAGUUAAGUGAUCACAGACCUGUGUUUGCAGCAUAUAGGGUCAAUAUUGCCUUUAUAAAUGAUACGAAGAAAUUAUCCUUAAUCAACCAAUUGCAAAUAGACUAUAAAAAUCAAAAGAAAAAUAUUCACAAAAACAUACAAAUACCACAAGGUAUAAAUGAGAGUAAGGAUAUAUCCUUAGUUGGAUUAACCCCUAGAUCAGAUAUUUUCUUGAAUAAGAAAGUUAAAGCUUCGAAUAAUCAAAUGAAAGAUGGACUUGCCUUAGGAAAACAUAUAAGUGCUGAUUUUUUUGCUCCUAACUGUAAAUCAAAUUUAAACAAAAAUAUGAUAAGUAAUUCGAAUGAAUCAUUGUCAACAACUAACUCCAUGGUGUCACCACCACCACCCUUAUCAAGAGCUUCUAAGUCUAUUAAAAGUACCACAAACAUAGGAUCAACUAGAGACCCAGUAGAAUUGAAACCCUUGAAUAAUCAAUCUUCUACAUCUACCACUUCUAAUGAUAGAGUUAAAAAACCACUGCCUUCAUUACCUCCAAGUCGUAAAAUUACUUCUUCAAUACCUGAUAAUUCAUCGGAUGAUACAUUUGAAUAUGAAGAUUCAUUAUUGUUGGGCCAUGCAAUAGAUGAUUCAGAUGAUGAAUUAUCAUCAAUGUUGGAAAUGGUUGUAGAUUCAUCGUCACCAAGAAAAGUUAGAUCAACUAACCCACCUACAAAAGAUAUACAACAAGAAGUAUUACAGCUUUCUUCAUCUGAGCCACUAUUAGUGAAGGGGAAAAUAAAAUUAGCACCACCUGUUCCUACCAAAAAGGCAUCACUCAAGAAGAUAAAUAUCGAGAAAUAA